AUGUCGUGGGAGGGAGGUGGCCGUGGGGAAAUAAAUGAUGUUAUCGACUUCACAGGAUGGCAGCUUGGAGGAAGCGUGGCCCCACGGAACAGCAGCCGUGCCCUCACUUUCCUCAUGAUGGGCAUUCCCCAGGUGUCUCAUUUCCACCACCGGGUUUCCAUCCCUUGCUGCUUGAUGUGUCUCAUAGCAAAGCUGGGAAACGACAUCAUCCUGCCCUUCAUGAAAGCAGACCAAAAGCUCCACCAGCCCACAUACUACUUCCUUUCAAUGUUGGCCACCAUGGACCUGGGCCUAAUCCUGUCCACCCCACCCACGGUGCUGCACGUGAUUUGGUUUGGCACCAGAGAGAUCAGCUUCCUGAUCCGCCUCACCCAGAAGUUCUCCAUCCAUGCCUUCUCCUUCAUGGAGUCCUCGGUGGUUCUGGCCAUGGCCUUUGACUGCUACGUGGCCAUCUGCUACCUGCUGAGAUACUCUUCCAUCCUCACCAACGCCAGGAUUGCAAAGACUGGUCUGGGGGCAUUCUGCUGCUCUCUGACACUGCUCCCGCCUGUCUGCCUGCUCACAUGACUGCCCUUCUCCAGGUCCCACAUGCUGUCCCACCCCUAUUGCCUGCACCAGGACAUGAUACAGUUGGCAUGCGCAGACUCCACCCUGAACAGCCGGUACAGCCUCACCCUGGUUCUGCUCGUGAUCAUAGACUCGAUGCUCAUUACCUUGUCCUACACUAUGAUUAUCAAGGCUGUGCUGGCCAUGACCUCCAGAGAGGAGUAGACCAAAGCCCUCAACACUUCUAUCUCUCACUUCUGUGCUGUUCUCGCCUUCUACCUACCCCUGAUCAGCCUGUCCAUUGUACACCAGUACGGGAAGAACACUGCACCCUUCACCCAUGUGUUCUUGGCCAACGUCUACCUCUUCGUCCCACCUGUGUUGAACCUCAUCAUCUACAGCAUGAAAAACAAGGCCCUCUGCAAAGGCCUGAUCAGGCUCCUGUGCCAAAGACUGGACUGGACUGGCCAUGGCCAGCAGCCCAGGGGUCAUUGA